AUGAUGGAAUAUGCUUUAACAAUUAAGGAUUUGAUUGAUGCUAAAGAUGAGCGCAAGAAUGAACAGAAGUGGAUGAAUGCAAAACUGGCUGAUCUUGAGGACAGAUCCAGGCUCAAUGGCAUCAUAAUCAGGAGAAUAUCUGAAACAGUGCAGCAAUCAGAUUUACGUAGACACAGUGAAAACUGCAUGAAAUGUCCUGAUGAAGAAUGGCCAAAUGAGAAGAAGGAUCGAUGUGUUCCAAGAGUGGUGGAAUUUCUCUCCUACACUGAUGAUCCCAUUGUUGGAGUAUUCUCAGCUGUCUCCAUCCUCUGUUGUCUUCUGACUGGUUUAAUAUUGGGGAUAUUUAUACAUUACCAGGACACCCCCAUUGUUAAAGCCAAUAACCGGGACCUGAGCUUUCUUCUCCUGGUCUCCAUCAUGCUGAGCUUCCUCUGUGUCUUCUUGUUCCUCGACCAUCCAGUAGAUGUGACCUGCAUGCUGCGUGUCACCUCUUUUGGUGUCAUCUUCUCAGUUGCCGUCUCUUCUCUACUUGCCAAAAGUAUCAUGGAUCGGGACACUCACUCUUAUCAGGGGAAGAUCAUCAUUCAGUGUAAUGAGGGUUCAGUUAUCGGCUUCUACUCUGUCCUGGGAUAUAUGGGGCUUCUGGCAGCUCUUCAAAUCAGACAGCUAAACUUCCGCCUUGACAUUGAAGAGUACAAGAGCAUCUUGGUGAUGAUCUUUGCUGUUGAUGAAAUAAACAAGGACCCCGAUUUUCUACCCAACGUUACUCUGGGUUAUCAUAUAUUUGAUACUUGUGGACACCCAAAGAGAACCUUGGGAUGUGUCCUGAAGAUAUUGUCUGGAAAAACCAAGGAGGCUCCUAAUUAUUCCUGUAGGAGACACGGGGAAGUGGCUGGUUUUAUUGGUGACUCCAGUCUACAUUCAAGUCAAGCCAUGGCCCAGCUACUUAGUCUGUAUCGGUACACACAGGUUGGUGAUUGGCAACUCGUUUUUAAUUUACAGAUUAUUUAUCAAGUCACUGACCCUCUCCUGAGUGACAGAAAAUUGUAUCCAACUUUAUACAGGAUGACAUCAAAUAAUCGUGUUUUUUAUGCUGCCAUCAUAAACUGUUUGCUGCACUUCGGAUGGAAUUGGGUUGGGUUGGUGGCACCAAUCGAUGGCAGUGGUGACCAGGAGAUAGAAGAACUGAGUAAGAUGAUGAGCCAGCAUGGGAUCUGUAUUGAGUAUACAAUAUUAUUUGCUGAUCACCUGGAUAAUACGAUAGAGAUAAUGAAAAAUAUUCAGAAAUCAUCAGCUAAGGUUGUAAUCGUAAUUGGCCAUUUAUCAAAUUUCUUUUUUUUAUUUGAUAAACUGCAGAUUAUUAAGGAAAACAUUACUUUAGUUCUCCAUGAGUCCUGGAAUAAUAUAAGAUAUGGAUUAGAGUUCUACUUUUCAGCAAUAAACUGCAGCUUAAUUUUUCUAUGGCCCCAGAAAUUAAUCCCGGGGGUGAAUGCUUUCAUUAAUGGAGUCACUUCAUUUACCCGUCCAACUGACCCCAUACAGGAAGAGCUCUUGUUUUACGUAUUUAACUGUCUAACGAAGAACCCCACCAAAAAUGGGUUUUUAGAAAGCUUCCAGAAUGUUGCCGCAGUAAACUGCACAGAAGAACUCAAUAUUUGGUCUACCCUUUUCGGAAUACAGGACAGGAAACCUUCCCUUGCCUACACAUCGGUGUAUGUUCUGAGUAACGCCCUGCAUAGCUUGAUGGAAGUUAAGUCUGAGGCCUUGAUGAGAGGAGGGACAGGCAUAGUAGCUGUAGCGACUCCAGUGUUUAAGAUGGAGAGCUCAGAAGGUUCAGGGUCGCUCUUCCAGAACUACAGCGAUAGCUGUCUUCCAGGACUGCGCCAUUUUAUGAAAAACAUUCAUUACACCGACCCAACCGGAGAAGAAAUCUUCUUUACCAAUGAGGGAGAAGUCCAAUCCUGGUUGACUUUAGCCAACUGGAUCAUUCAUAAAACAGGAGAAAGUUAUGAAUCUGCUUUCCAACCGCUGGCCAGCUUUGAUGACGGUAAAGGCGUAGAUGAAAUAUUUAACAUUAACCCAGAAGACAUCGCCUGGAAGGGCGGCAGAAUGCCGAUAUCCCGAUGUAAUGACCGAUGUCCUCCUGGAUACAGAAAAGCUCCCAAGGGGAGUGUCCAUGUCUGCUGCUAUGACUGUGUCCCAUGUUCCGAGGGGGCGGUAUCCAAUGAAACAGAUAGUGACGGCUGUUUUCAAUGUCCUGAUGAAGAGUGGCCUGAUGGCAAAAAAAUUAAAUGUUUACCCAAAACCUUCGAUUUUCUGUCCUAUGAAAAUGAUGCGAUGGCUCUGACAUUUUUAUUGACAUCCUUAACAUUCUCAGCCGUGACAUUAUUUGUAUUAGGAAACUUUAUUUAUUACCGGGACACUCCAAUUGUGAAGGCCAAUAACCGGACGGUGAGCUUCAUCCUCCUGACCGCCAUCUUGCUGAGCUUCCUCUGCGUCUUCUUCUUCCUUGGACGUCCUGUGGAUAUAACCUGCAUGCUGAGACAAAUGUCCUUUGGGAUCUUCUUCUCCAUUGCUGUGGCUUGUGUUCUGGCCAAGACUAUCAUUGUGUACAUUGCUUUCAAGGCCACCAAACCCGGCAGUACAUGGAAAAAAUUGGUCACUGUUGAAGUAUCUAAUUCUUUGGUCCUGACCUGCUCUUCUGUCCAAGUUCUGAUCUGUGUUGUUUGGUUGUCCAUCUCUCCACCAUUUCAGGAGUAUGACAUGGACUCCUAUCCUGGGAAGAUCCUCGUUCAGUGUAAUGAAGGGUCAGUUAUCGGCUUCUACUCUAUGUUGGGUUAUAUGGGGUUUCUGGCAGCUGUGAGUUUUCUUCUGGCUUUCAUGGUGAGGACAUUACCGGACAGUUUUAAUGAGGCCAAGUACAUCACCUUCAGCAUGCUGGUGUUCUGCAGUGUCUGGAUUGCCAUGAUCCCGGCCUAUCUGAGCACCAGAGGGAAAUACAUGGUGGCUGUGGAGAUAUUCGCCAUACUGACCUCCAGUGCUGGAAUAUUAGGAUGUAUAUUUUUCCCAAAAUGUUAUAUUAUCAUUUUCAAACCUGAGCUGAACACCAGGAGAAAAACACCCCACAGAAAAUAA